AUUUUCAAGUAAGUGAUAGAGAUUCGAUCCUCUUCAUGUUUCAAUAGCAUAUGUUUUUUAACAGAUUAUUUUGUAACUUGUUUCCUUCUUCCUCUGAAUUCGAAGCUAACAAAAUUUUAUGCCCAUAUGGUUAUCUUUUUCUGUUUUCCUACAAAGAUCUAUUUGUACUAUGCGUAUCUGUUGUUGGUUUUAAUGUUAGCAUGUAAUCGUGUUUGCUUGGUUGCUUUUAGGUACCACUUGACUUCUAAGUUGGUGAACUGAGAAAAGAAAGAGAUGGGUUACUGGCAAUCAAAGGUUCUUCCAAAGAUCAAGAAGGUUUUUGAGAAGAACGGUGCCAAGAAGGCUGCUGCUACUGAAGCUUGCAAGUCCUUCGAUGACGCUAAGGAGGAGUACAGUAAGGUGUUUGAAGAGAAAAAGACUGAACUCCAACCAAAAGUUGUUGAAAUCUAUGAGGCUUCAUCAACUGUUGUCAAGACCUUGGUGAAGGAACCCAACGACGCCGGACUGAAGAAGAACUCGGCUGCAGUUCAGAAGUUCCUUGAUGAGCUCGUGAAAAUCGAUUUUCCGGGAUCAUUACCAGUUUCCAAAGCAAUUGCAAAGUUCGGAGCACCUUUGGUUCCAGGGCCAAUUUUCUUUGUUUUUGAGAAGGUCUCAACAUUUAUAGUUACAGAAGAGAAAAAAGAAGAGGAGGCUCCAGCAGAAACAAGUAGCAAAGUGAAGGAGUUAGUGGUUGAAGAAGAGAAGAAAGAAGAGGUAGUGGCUGAGGCUGCAGAGAAAACAGAGCCACCAGCGGAGGCUGCCCCAGCCUCCACAGAACCACCCAAGGAGGAAGAAGCACCGCCAGCAGAGACAAUCAAACCUUGAAAAUAGAGACGGGGUUUCAUGAUCAAGUGUGUCUUUUGUACAAGUUUACAUAUGAAAGGAAAAACAAAUUGCUUAUUCUUUAUUCUCUGUAUUCAUCUAUCCUUUCUUCUCUUGUAAUUUUCUGAACUCUGUUUUGCUUGGCUUUUCAAAGUUUACAUGUUUGUUUUGUCUAUCAUUAAUUAUGUACAUUUGUAAUUUUUACAGUAAUGGGACGAGGGUGAGUGUGAGAGUCGUCAUCUGUCAAUAUUUCUCUAUCAUGAAGAAGAAAAAUUCUG